AUGCACAGGGUUGAGGAGGCCGCAGAUGCCCUCACUGUGACGGGGAGGCUUCCCCAACGGCCAGCACAGCCCGCCAGCCAUCGCCCAUCGGGCACCCACGAACGAAGCCACGUGCAGGGGAGCCCAGCCCCCCACCUCCUGCCACUCCUGAGAGCUGAUCUCCCCGCCUGUGUCUUUCAGAAUGUGCUGGAGGGGACAGUAGAGGAGGACUACUUCAUCGGAGGAGAGGUUCAGAAGACCCAAGAGAAACUCGACCUGCAAUGUCCCAUUUCUCGGGCAACCAUUACUGACUGGGAUAACAUAGAAAAGAUCUGGCAUCACUCCUUCUACCAGGUGCUCCACAUUGCCCCAGAGCAGCAUCCUCUGAUGGUGACAGAGCCACCUCUAAAUGCGACAUCCAACAGAGAGAAGGCCACAGAGAUCCUGUUUGACAACUUCAAUGUGCCGGCCCUGUAUUUAGCCAACCAGGCAGUCCUUUCUAUGUAUGCCUCUGGACAAAUCUCCGGAACAACAAUUGAAUCUGGAGAAGGAAUGACAUACUUUGUGCCCGUCAUGGAUGGCUGUUCUUUGAAUCAGUCGACCUUGCAGGUGGAUAUAGCAGGCCAAGACCUCACCUUAUAUCUCUCACAACUGCUGUCAGAUAAUGGGAACAUUUUUGUGAGCACAGGGAAAUGCAGUGGACCUGAUGAUGAUGACAUGGACAAUGAUGAUGAUAGUGUUGAUGACGACUCUGACCUGGAUUACAUCAGGAAUGUGAAGGAGAAGUGUUGCUAUGUGGCCUUGGACUUCAACAUGGAAAAGAUGAAAACUGACUUGCCUUCUUGCCAACAGCAAUAUCAGCUUCCCGAUGGCCAAGAGAUCACCCUGGGCCAGGAGCGUUUCUUCUGCCCCGAGGUGCUCUUCCAGCCAGACCUCAUAGGGAGAAGCACCCUUGGAAUACACAUGCUGGCCUUCCAGAGCGCUGCCUCCUGCGAAUCUGCCUUCCACAAGGCUCUCUUCGGCAACAUGCUGUUGUUGGGAGGGACUGCCUCCUUCUCUGGCUUGCAAUCCCGGAUGCAGAAGGAACUGCUGGGCCUGGUUUCCCCUACGUUCACCUUGAAGGUGUCCAUCUGUCCGUAUUCCAUAUAUGGCACUUGGGUAGGAGGUUCCAUCCUGGGCUCCCUGUCUACAUUCCAGGACGUGUGGAUCACCAGGAAUGAGUAUGAGGAGGUGGGCUCUUCUAUCAUCAGUAGAAGAAGCUUCUAACUUGUGGGUUUCUGGACCUCCUGCCCCUGCUGUCUAUUUCAAUUCCAGAUGGAAAAACCAACUCAGCUGCUUGGGCCCUUCCACCCUUCAGGCUUCAAUA